UUUUUCCAUCUGUGUGUGCGUUUUGGUGAUGCGCGCGCGCGUUAUUUAUUUAUUUUUUUUCUCAGCCUGGCACACACUGAAGUCUGCCAGCGGACGCUUGCAGUGCCAUACCGUGACAGUGCAGCUUUGCCGAAACGGAGCCAAAUGAGAGUCGAGCCCAUCCAUCCAUGCGUUACUGGGGAAACAGAUGGGCACGUUCGCGCUCGGACCUGUUGUUUGUAGGAUCAUCAAUCUCAGCGUUUCUGCAAAGCUAAGGGAAUAAGUGAGUUUUUCCUGGAUUGGACCACGUUUGGAGCAUCACUCGUGCGCUGCGCGUCUCUGCCGCUCAUCAGAUGAUGCUGCUGCGUGUUCACGGGUCCUCCCCCGGUACCACCGGCAUUACUCACGCACCGGCGGAGUGAGAACAGCUGAAGAUGAUACUCAGAUGAACAGGUCGGGGAAACUUUUUCUGGAAGAUGUUCAGGGCAGUUUGGAUAUCUGAUGGCCACGGCGAUGAGUUUGUUUAAACGCAGCGGAGAAGGGAAUUUAACAGGUGCGUAAUUAUCACUCGAGCAUGAAUCCCAUUGGCUUCUGGCGUCUUCUCCAGUUCAGAAGCUCUUUGGAGAUCACGCGGGGAGCGCGCUAGUUGAUGGCACUGCGCGCCGGGAGGACUUUGCUCUGGUUCGGGCAGGUUUUGCGCAGAGUUUCGCGGCUGCAGGGCUUGUGGUCCCGGCGCUCCAGCAGUCUGCUGUGUCUCUCCACCAGCCAGGACCACGAUCAAGGGACCUGUUACAACCGCAACCGGUGUCCGAAGACGCAGCAGCACUGUCCCUAUCCGCCCUUUCCAGACUGCUGCUGCGCCUUCCCGGGGGAUAAGAGGGGACAUGAACCCCUCAGCCGCCGGUUCCUGGUGGCCAUGAAGAGGCAGAACGUGCGGACGCUGUCCCUGAUCGUCUGCACGUUCACCUAUCUGCUAGUCGGGGCCGCGGUGUUUGACGCGCUCGAGUCGGACUUCGAGAUGCGGGAGAAGGAGCAGCUGGAGGCUGAGGAGAAGCGCCUCCAGGGCAAGUACAACAUCAGUGAGGAUGACUAUAAAAAGCUGGAGACCAUCAUCAUGGAGGCCGAGCCGCACAGAGCAGGGGUCCAGUGGAAAUUUGCAGGGUCCUUUUACUUUGCCAUCACUGUCAUAACCACCAUAGGUUAUGGUCAUGCGGCUCCAGGCACAGAUGCUGGAAAGGCGUUCUGCAUGUUUUACGCAGUGCUUGGGAUCCCUCUGACACUGGUGAUGUUCCAAAGCCUUGGCGAGAGAAUGAACACCUUCGUCAAGUACAUGCUGAAGCGCAUCAAAAAGUGCUGCGGGAUGCGCAUCACAGAAGUCUCCAUGGAGAAUAUGGUCACCGUGGGCUUCUUUUCCUGCAUGGGAACGCUCUGCAUCGGUGCGGCAGCUUUCUCCCAUUACGAGGACUGGAGUUUCUUUCAGUCCUAUUACUAUUGUUUCAUAACGCUCACCACCAUCGGGUUCGGGGACUUUGUGGCUCUGCAGAAGAAUAAAGCUUUGCAGAGAAAGCCCCUCUAUGUGGCGUUCAGCUUCAUGUACAUCCUAGUGGGGCUGACGGUCAUCGGGGCCUUUCUCAACCUGGUGGUCCUUCGUUUCCUGACCAUGAACAGCGAGGAUGAGCGGCGGGACGCAGAGGAGAGGGCUUCCCUGGCGGGUAACCGCAGUAGCAUGAUCAUCCACAUCCAGGAGGACACGCUCCAGAGGAGUCGACGGAGACGAGAACAGCAGCAGCAGCACUACAAAUCCGAGGUCACUGAUCUCCAGUCCAUUUGCUCCUGCAUGCACUACCAUUCGCACGAGUUCGGGAGCUCGGUCGGCCUCGGGUUGGGAAUGGGAGGAGGAGGAAGCAGCGGCGGUGGCGCGUUUCUGCACCAGAACUCGUUCGGCUCCCAGUUGAGCCCUCAUCAGUACCAUCACUACCACUCAACGGUGUCCUACCGCAUAGAGGAGAUCUCGCCGAGCACCCUGAAAAACAGCUUCCUUCCCUCCCCCAUCAGCUCCAUCUCACCCGGGCUCCACAGCUUCACGGAAAACCUCCGGCUGAUGAGAAGACGCAAGUCCAUCUGAGGACUGACGGCAAAUGCUGAACACACAUAUCCAAUGCUGCUGCUCUACCAAACCUCAUUCUGGCACUUUUUUCAUCAUUUUCAGGCUCUUGCAAGAUGACGUCAGACCAGCAGGACAUUUGAUCGCUCGGUGGAUAUAUUGGAACUUCGUUAAAAAGCAUGAAGCAUGGGUGUCUAUUUUUGCAGAAAACAUCGCCUGGGCCUUCUUCGCCCUUUUGAGCAGCACCUCAGUGGAUUUGGAUAUAAUAAUACUACCCUGAUAUCUUAUCAGAUGAUGCACACUUGUGUUUUGAAUUAUACAGAGGGAGAUAUAAAUAUAUAUAUAAUUUUUUUAAGGGACAUGUGAAAAUGUGCAUUUUAUCAAACGGUGAGCAACCUCUGGUUCUUUCUUGAGAUUCAAGUGCCACACCACCGAAGGAGAAAUAACGAUAAAACUGAUUUGAAAAGGACUACACAGUAUCAGGUAUUGUUUUCUAUAAGCAAUUCUAUUUAAGAAAAAUAAGACAUUGAUUCACAUCAUGCCAAAAUAUUGUUGCCAACCAUAGCAUGUGCACUAGUUGUCGUUUGAUGUACGUCAUUGUUUCCGUUAACCUUUUUAAUUUUCUGUUUCUGUUCGUUUAAUUUCGAUUUAAGGUUUUCUGUAAAUUAAACUUGUAUGUAGACUUUCCAAGUGCGUUGUAUUUAGAGGUGACAGAUGAGAGACAGCAUAAGUCGAUUGUGAGAGGAGAAUAAUUGCAUGUGCUUUGUUCAAACUGGUAUGUGUAUGCUGUCACGAAGCAAAGCGAUAGCACUGGAUCCAAUAUUAAAAGCAAAUAAUCCUUUAAAAAGUAUUUUUUGAAAUGAAAGUCAAACUAAACAGCCACUAAAACAGGGCCUCACAAAUGGGAACGUAACGGCAUUGCAGAUGAUUGUUAUUCAUCGUUAUUUAUAUAAACAGCACGACUAUUAUUCCAUUGUGAACAAUCAAUGUAUAAUGUAUGCUAACCCUAGCAAUGAUUGCUUUUCUCUCUGCCAUAACCAUGGCAUUUAUUUGAAUGAGACUUAUUUAAAUGCAUCAAUAAAGACAGUUAUUUAUGUAUUUCACACUUUGAUGAUGUCUUCAGGGGAUGCCCUGCAAAUGAGAUGGUACCUCAUAGGCCUAAAGUUGCUCUGAUGUUGAUGGAAAAGCAUAGUUGCACCUCUUUUAGGAGCGGUUUGGAUGUAAUCAACAGUUCCUUUUCUCUGCUUGUGGUAGAGAGUGUUUUUGUUCACUAACAAAAAAUUGCAUUUCUAAUAUAACAGCAACCAUGUCACUUUUCGGUUUUAAACUGAACCUUUUUUACUCUUUUACUAGGUCUUUCUGUAUCCUGGAUAUAAUAUCAGAGUAUAUGUGUUACAGUUAGAAUCAUCCAAUAAAUCAGAGUUGGAGUCAUGACCCAGACCAAGACUUGAUGCAUUGAGAACCAGAUCCAGACCAAUGCCUGUCCAAGUAUGAGAGAAGAUGCCGAAUUGAUUGCAGCAUUCACAUUGUACAGUGGCUAAAUAGCCGUUCAAAGCCAUAGACAUUUUGCUAAUUUUCUGUAAUCAUGAAGGCACCUUGUUGAAUUUGGCUGAGUUAUCAUCUUUAGAACAUAAGUGGACUCUUUUCUUCGCCCUAAACCAAGAUUAAAUCUGGACCUACAGAUGGAGCAAUGUGGUCUUGAUGGGUCUUCAAGAUUUAAACUCUGACACUAACCAAUAAAAUAACAUUGCAAAUAAUGGCUUAGGGAUUUAUUUAUUUAUUUUUAAUUUUUUUUUAAUGGAUGCAGAAGGCUGCAUUAAUUUUCACUUUUUGGUUUUCCUUGAAAGGAUUCCAUGUCCAUUGCAUUUCGUCAGUUUUAAUUGAGAGCUGGUCCGUAAUUUUACCUCUGUUGACAAAAUAAAUCGGAAGCAGUCAGGGUGGUGAAGUUUUCAUCUAAAAUCCAAGAUUCUUAGGCAGAUGACCAAUUAUAAAUGAGAUAAAAUGUGACACAGAUAGCAUGAAUCAGUUGUUAAAAAGCUAGCCAAAUUUUUCAGGGGUUAAUUGACAUUCGGACUGGUCCCUUGCCGAUAUUUUCUUGAAAAAUAAAUCUCGAGUAAUUGUCUUGAUGUGGAUCACUGAGGUAUGCAAAGCCCAAAGUGCCCGCUAAAGUAAUUCGGUUUCAGACAAGACUAAUUAAUGAGAGAAAUUCCUGAGGGUCUCCAGUGCUACCGUGCACUCUUAGUCAGUUCCUGAGGCUGCCAGCGGGAAGCGGUCUCAGGCUCAAACAUCUCACCCUUCUAAUACCAAUCAAAUUGACGUCUGACAUUCUGGAUUUCACAGCAUAUGUUGCAGCACUCAUGUAAAUUUAUGUAAAUCGCUACCAUUUUAUAAUAUUGUACAGUGCAUAUAUUGUAAGUAGUUAUAUCCUUGACAAAUUACAAAGACAUAUUUUAAACUCAGAUGCUUUCCCAUUUUUACAGCAUUCAGCAUACUGUAUGUGCCUUAAAGGGGUAUCUUUCAAAUGUGGAGUUUGUAUUUCAUUAAGGCACAUACUCAAAUUCAUAUUCAGAUAUAGAAGCAAACAAAUUAAAAUGGUUAGUUUUCAAAGCAAAAGCUCCCCCAUGUAUUCACAUGGAAAACAUUACAUCAAAUAAAACCAAAGCAACUAAUCCUCACGAAUGCCGCCGCCACCCAAACAAUGCACAAACAUAUAUUUUAGUGUAAACACUGUCUGAAAUGUGUCCAUUGUUUCACUAGCACAACAAAAAAGCUUUAUUUUACACUUUUUAUUGGUUGUCACUUUAACCUAUGUAUGCACAUGAUGGCUCCUGGGGUCAGGACAGAAUAACAUGUAUUUUACAUCAAUAAACUGUACUUGCUUUCUAUAUGUAAUAGCCUGGUGAUAAAUAUUCAGACAGAUGAGCUUGUAUGUAUGGACUAGAUGAAAUGUAAUAACUUUAUGAUUGGUAACAGAUCUACUGCUGUGGGGGGGCAUUGACAAAUCAUGUGUAUCAAAAUACAUUCCCUAAUUUAUAAGAUGAGAUAAAUAUACAAAUUCCAUUUAAUCAUAAUAUUAAUUAUUAAACAGCAAAUUAUUAUUGUUAUUAUAGGGUGACAGGAGUUAAAGGAAUAGUUGACACAAAAAUGGAAAAUUAGUUUUGAUUAUCAGAGUUAGUUUGUUUCAUCAUAGAUUUGGAGAAAUGUAGCAUUGCAGUACAUCACUUGCUCAGCAAUGAAUCCUCUGCAGUGAAUGGGUGCCGUCAGAAUGAGAGUCCAAACAGCUGAUAAAAACAUCACGAUAAUCCACAGGUAAUCCACACCACUUCAGUCUGUCAGUGUCAUAGAUUUGGUGAAAUGUAGCAUUACAUCACUUACUCAGCAAUGGAUAGUCUGCAGUGAAUGGGUGCCGUCAGAAUGAGAGUCCAAACAGCUGAUAAAAACAUCACAAUAAUCCACAAGCAAUCCACACCACUCCAGUCUAUCAGUUAACAUCUUGUGAAUUGAAAAGCUGCAUGUAAGGAACAAACCCAACAUUAAGAUGUUUUAACUUUAAUCCAUCACUGGCCAAAAGAGAGGUCCAUAAUCCAUAAUAAUGCUUCAUCCAGUGAAAAAGUCCAUCUCCUGUUGUGCUCUCACAUCAAAAUCCACUGACAUAUUCGGUUAGAACUAUUUUGGACUGUUUUCUCCUAUAAAUGUUGCUUGAUCUGUGCAUAUUUCUAUCCUGUUUUAACUUUUUUAUUGGAGAAAGCAAUAAUAAGAAUAGAGAACUUGUGUUUCAGCUUGAAGCUACGGUGGUUUGCGAUUAAAAAUGUCUUAAUAAUGAAUUUAUUACAAACAUGCAGCUUUUCACUUCACAAGACGUAAAUUGAUGAACUGGACUAUGGAGUGAAUGACUUGUGGAUUAUUGUCAUGUUUUUAUCAGCUUUAUCAGCUUCUCAUUCUGACGGCACCCAUUCA